AUGGGCAUGGAUAAAUUGAUCGACGCUCAACAUGAACUUCACGUGCGUAUAUUACGUAGUGUCGACAAUUUACGAAAAAUUGGGGCGGCCAAGCUGAACGUGGACACCAUCCAAGCUGCGAUCCGCUUCCUGGACGACAAGUGGACCAGAUUUCAGGAGCUGCACGAGGAGCUCCGCGACAAAUACUGGAAGGAGAUAAAGGAAGAUGAGUACACCUCCGACGACCUUCCAAGCAAGGUCGAAACGGCGUAUUACACGCAACGCUCCGAACUCGCCGAGAUGGAGGAAAGGCUUUCCAAGCCGUCGGAAGCUGACACCUCCGAGAAGGCUCGAGGAAGCGCGCCGUCCCGCAAGACCCUGCCACGCAUCAAUCUGCCUCAAUUCAGUGGCAAGUUCGAGGAUUGGCCAAGCUUCCGGGACCUGUUCUGCUCCAUUAUCCUCGGGGAUCCAUCCUUGACUAAGAUCGAGCAGCUGCACUAUCUCAGGACAAGUGUCAAGGGCGACGCGGAGCAGCUCAUUCGGAACUUGCCCUCUACGGAAGACAACCUGGAACAGGCAUGGGACAUGCUGACGACAUAUUUCGAGAACAAGCGCCUCCUCGUGCGUUCCUACCUGACGACCUUCACAUCGCUGCCGAGGAUGAAGGCUUUCUUGCCCGACGGCAUCCGUCGAAUCUUCCACGGCGUACUCACCACAGUCGGCGCUCUGAAGGGCAUCGGGCGUCCGAUAAGCGACUGCACCGACCUUUUUGUGCACCUGGUCGUCGAACUGCUGGACGCCGAAACUGGACGCGAGUGGGAGAGUUCGCUCGGCAAGUCUGCCGAGCCGCCGUCGUACGACACGCUCCGGGAGUUCCUGCAAGAGCAGCUGAUGACCUUGGAGGUCCUCCAGUCCACCAGGCCCGGACCAUCUGGCAAGCCCUUGGAGAAGUCCAACCGCGCCGCUCGCACAAGCCACGUGGGGAGCAAGGAAUCAGACCCGAGCCGCAGCUGUCCGCUCUGUAAGAAGGAUCACUUCAUCGCGUACUGUGAGCUGUACAAGAGAAAAACAGUGGCUGAAAAAAGGAGGCAAUCAAUGCUCACUAACGGUGCUGGAACUGCCUGGGUCGGCAUCUCCUUGCUGAUUGCACGUCCUCCAAGGUGUGCAUGA